AGUACAUAAGACAUAUGGACUCCAAAUGAGUUGUAUUUUAUGUUAAACUUACAUAUUAAAUGCAUAUAAGGUAGUGGCCAUUGGUGAAUGCGGAUUGGACUAUGACAGGCUUCACUUUUGCCCAGCAAAAACUCAAAGGAAGUAAGUGGUUACUGAGGCUCUUCAUGUUAUUUAUUAGUUGCAUAGUCCUUUCUUACAUUCAGAUAAUCCAUGUUUGCAUCACCUUUUGUGAUCUAAAAACUAGGUAUUUUGAGAAGCAGUUUGAAUUAGCAUAUGCAACAAAGCUGCCAAUGUUCUUGCAUAUGCGUGCUGCUGCUGAAGAUUUCUGUGAAAUUUUAAAGCGAAAUAAGGACAGUUUCAGUGCUGGAGUUACCCAUUCAUUUACAGAUAAUGCAGAAGAUCGUGAUAAGCUUCUUUCAUUCAGUAUUAUGUAUAUAGGUAUAAAUGGUUGCUCACUUAAGACAAGUGAGAAUCUUGAUGUUGUAAGGGGCAUACCUAUUGAAAGAAUGAUGAUUGAGACAGAUUCUCCAUAUUGUGAAAUCAAAAACACUCAUGCUGGGAUUACUUAUGUAAAGUCUACAUGGCCUUCAAGGAAGAAAGAAAAGUAUGAUCCAGAGUGCAUAGUAAAAGGCCGCAAUGAACCUUGCCUAGUUCGGUGAGUGCCAAUGUUUUCUUCUGCAAUAUUGUAUAUUUCUUCACCUCAAUAAGACGAAUAUCUUAUUGCAUGAGAAUUAACUAGGAAAUCAGUUUCUUUGAAUGGAAUUCAUUCUUGAUAUUGAGUAUUC